GAGGCGCUGGGGGCGGAGGAGGAGAAUUAGUCCGAGUGGAGCGAGCGAGCUGAGUGGUUGUGUAGUCGAGUCCCGGAGACCGGUAGCGCUUGCAGCAUGGCUGACCAGCUGACUGAAGAGCAGAUUGCAGAAUUCAAAGAAGCUUUUUCACUAUUUGACAAGGAUGGUGAUGGAACUAUAACAACAAAGGAGUUGGGAACUGUAAUGAGGUCUCUUGGGCAGAAUCCCACAGAAGCAGAGUUACAGGACAUGAUUAAUGAGGUGGAUGCUGAUGGUAAUGGCACAAUUGACUUCCCGGAAUUUCUGACAAUGAUGGCAAGAAAAAUGAAAGACACAGACAGUGAAGAAGAAAUUAGAGAAGCAUUCCGUGUGUUUGAUAAGGAUGGUAAUGGCUAUAUUAGUGCAGCAGAGCUCCGCCAUGUGAUGACAAACCUUGGAGAGAAGUUAACAGAUGAAGAGGUUGAUGAAAUGAUCAGGGAAGCAGAUAUUGAUGGUGAUGGUCAAGUAAACUAUGAAGAGUUUGUACAAAUGAUGACAGCAAAGUGAAGACAUUGUACAGAAUGUGUUAAAUUUCUUGUACAAAAUUGUUUAUUUGCCUUUUCUUUGUUUGUAACUUAUCUGUAAAAGGUUUCCCCCUAUUGUCAAAAAAAAUAUGCAUGUAUAGUAAUUAGGACUUCAUUCCUCCAUGUUUUCUUCCCUUAUCUUACUGUCAUUGUCCUGAAACCUUAUUUUAGAAAAAUUGAUCAAAUAACAUGUUGCAUGUGGCUUACUCUGGAUAUAUCUAAUAAGCCCUUCUGCACAUCUAAACUUAGAUGGAGUUGGUCAAAUGAGGGAACAUCUGGGUUAUGCCUUUUUUUUUAAGUAGUUUUCUUUAGGAACUGUCAGCAUGUUGUUGUUGAAGUGUGGAGUUGUAACUCUGCGUGGACUAUGGACAGUCAACAAUAUGUACUUAAAAGUUGCACUAUUGCAAAACGGGUGUUUUAUCCAGGUACUCGCACACUAUUUUUUUGUACUGCUGGUCCUGUACCAGAAACAUUUUCUUUUAUUGUUACUUGCUUUUUAAACUUUGUUUUAGCCACUUAAAGAAAAUCUGCUUAUGGCACAAUUUGCCUCAAAUCCAUUCCAAGUUGUAUAUUUGUUUUCCAAUAAAAAAAAUUACAAUUUACCCAA